AUGACUUACCCCGAUGACGCCAGUGCGCUUGUUGGCAAGGUCCUCAACGGCCUUGACGAUGGCCUGCACUCUUGGCGGCGAAGUGCGGCACCAAGGUUUGUUCGCCGUUGCCUGGCAAGCUUUCGCCGGGUUUUGCUUCGUCACAACUACUCGGAGGCGGCUGCCACGGCCCUCGUCGGUAGCCCUGCAGCACAGGGGGCCUGGCCUCGAAUCAAAGGUGAAGUGGUUGAGGCCCCACGGCGAGGAGUUGAUGUGCGCGCGGCGGCUCUGCUGGGCACGUUCUUGCUGAAUGCGACCGUUGCUGCUCCCAAGCUCGAGGAGGUGCUCGGCUCCGUGCUGAUCUCUGACUUGCAGAAAUUGGGGGUACUCUGGAGGCCUUCGCCGGAAAGUGGGUGGCAGUCGACCGUUCAGCUUGCCCCAGUGGAUGUGCGGAAGCCGUUCGCAGCCUCCAUGUUCUUCUUCGUGGACUGGGACGAGCUGCGACCGUGGCACCAGGUGAUGACAGUUACGAUCGACAGCUAUGCGCUGCUGCGAGCCCAGGCAUUGCUGCCACUGCAAGCUGCUCCAAAACGUGUGCUGGAUUUGUGUGCGGGAAGUGGUGUCCAGGGGCUCUACGCUGCGAAGCGCUUCGCUGCUGCUGCCACACUUGUGGACCUGAACCCGCGUGCAGUGCGCUUUGCGAAAGCGAACGUUCUGCUGAACCAGGUGUCCAAGGUGACUCUUCAUCACGGCAACCUCUUUGAGGCAUUGCCAAAUCGCUGCCGGGACGAAAUUGCCAGGUAUUCCCCAACGCUGGACUGCAGCCACGGACUAUUUGACCUGAUCUUGGCGAACCCACCAUACGUGCCUUCCACCGGUGGUGGACAAAUGUUCGUUUCUGGAGGUGAUCGAGGAGAAGAUGUGACUGCACGAAUUUUGCGCGGCGCCCCCAAGGCUUUGGGUUCGGGCGGGCGACUCCUGCUCGUCGCAAACCUGGCCAACGUCGACGGCAACUACCAGGCCAAGCUGCGCAGAUGGUGGAACCCACGGCAGGCAAAUGAUGUGAAGCUCAACAUGUCUGCUGACGUGCUCCACGGCGAUGUCUGGACCCCAGAGGCCUAUGCUGCAGGAUUCAUCGGCAGUGACAUGGCUCGGGCCAGCUUCCGACGGUUGCUGCGAAGUUCCGGUGUGACAUCGAUGACAAAUGGCUUCGUGUUCGUGAAAGCGCUUAGAGAACUGGGCUCUGACUUGAGGUGUCAUGGUGCAGUGCGCGGCGUACCGGGUCUGUGGCAUGCGUUGGUCGACGAAGCACACAGUGGACACCAACGGGCAGCAGAUCUGGUGUCGCAUGUGCUGACGGAAUCUGGUAUUGCAUGUGUCCACACCUUGGAGAUGUUUGCAAGUGCGCUGCAUGUCUCUGAGAACGGCAAUCAGAGGGCACAGUCCUUUGACCUCGCCACUUGUUGCACUACGGCAACACAGGCUGUUGGAGCCAUCGUUCUCGGCUGCGAGCCGCAGGACCUCGCUUGCUUUCUCGGCAGCUAUGCUGUGAAUCGUCUCAGGGCGCCCACGCGCAUCGAUGCUAUGAAUGACGAGCUCUUCAUUGCAGACACGGACAAUCAUCGGGUGCUGCGGGUCAGCAAUUCCUCAGUCGAGGUAGUUUCCGGUACUACCGGCAUCGCUGGCUGUCGGCCUGAGCAACUCCGAUCGCCGCAAGGUGUUGCUACAGACAGCAGCGGGUUCUUGUAUGUGGCUGACACGGGCAAUCACCGGAUCCAGAAGUUUGCGGUGGCUGCGGGCGACCGGAUCGGUCUCACCGUCGCUGGCGAGUGCUGCUGCCCCUCUGUCGACGGAGGAGGCAUUCCAUUGGGUGGAUCCGGUCUUCACGAGUUGGAUGGUCCCAGAGGGCUUGUGAUUGAUGUUGCCACUGGCGCGCUUGUGGUCGCCGAUACAGGCAAUCAGAGGGUGCUAGCUUUCGGAGGUGUGGGCUACGAACAGCGACGAGCGCCCGGCGCUAGCUGCGCGUACGGUGUAAGCUGCUCGGUGCGGUUAUUUGGUGCCGUCGCAUUGUCGGCUCAACAGAGCCAAGUGGUCAUCGUCAAACGGGACGUAGCAGACCCGAGCAGCAGUCCUUGCGGAAGCAUCAACUGCAGCUUUGCUCAUUGGCCUGGCGUCACAAAUCCUCAGCUGGUCGGAGGACAAUUUUUCGACACUUACGACUUGGGCAUGCCUCAUGGCCCUCCAAAUUCCAGCGUCUCCGGACUUGGUGAGUAUGCCAUCUGCUGGUCCGAGGCUCCGAGCACCGCCUGCGUAGGCUACCCAUGCUCCGAGGACAAUUCUUGCAGCAAUGGCACUGCCUGGUUGUGCAACGGAGCCCAGCCGCUUGGUUUGGUGAGAAAGGUUUGGCACAACCUUCCAGGAAAGACUCUGGCUGAUCUCCUGGCAGUAGCUGCUUUCCCGGAUUCGCCGGAUUUGGAAGAAUUUGCAACUGCCUUGACCAGCGCCGCAAACUACGGUGACAACUAUGGUCAGAUGUUCUAUGGCCUUUUCGUCGCACCGGAGACGGGCUCAUAUGUCUUUGAAAUAACCAGUGACGAGAACAGCGAGCUGAGGAUCAGUGACGCCUUCAAUGACACUCAAGGACAAGUUGUCGCCUACAUCUCUGAGGCUCAAACUUGGUAUCAAGGCCCUUUUCUCCGUCAAGGAUAUGCUCCAGGUCCUGAUGCGUGGGACAGCUUUCCCACCCAGUCAGGAAGCUACUACAUGGAGGCUGGACACCUAUACUACCUGGAGGUGUUGCACAAGGAGCGUGUCCAGUCCGACCACUUGAUUGCAGGAGUGCGACUGCCCAGCGGCAUCGUCCACAGACCCAUACCUGCAAGCUUCUUCGAUGCAGUUGUCUGCACACAAGGCUUUCCUGUGGGCCUUGCCGUGGUCCAUGACUGCACAGGGCGGAAGACAGGACAGAGCUGUACAGCGCAAUGCCGUGGUGGUUGGAGUGGUGCACAGCAAACCUUCGUCUGCGAUGGCGUGGGCAUCUUGCAUGGUCGUGACCCUGUCUGCACGGCAGUCCAGUGCGAGGAGUACAGCGUGGAAGUCGGCAGCCUUUUCAUGCACGGUGUUUGGGACGAGGUUGACUGUUCAAACAUGGAGGGGAUCAAGUGCGAUGACCAACUGCGGAGCUGGUCAGGCCCAGAGAACUGUGCAAGCCGUGUUGUGACCGCCGGGAAUUCUUGCCGUGACUACUGCCUCGCACGUGGUCGAGGCUGUGUCAAGUCGUCUGCCAUGACCUUACAGCUGCAUGGCAGACAACUUGAGGAGAUUAACUGCCCAUGUGCACUGCCAGGAAUGCCAGUCUGCCAUAAUGCUGAGAAAGGCGAACUUGAUUCAAUCAAUCUGCUUGCUGCCGGCCAACUAAAGUAUGACAGCUUGGCGACAAAUCUAUACGGGUCGUUAACAAUUGCAUGCUGGAGGUUGUAG